AUGGACUUCAGUGCCCGGGAAUGUGGCCUGGACAAGAGGGCUCGGGUGAACUGUGUGGCCUUAUCUGAGAUUCUAGAAAAAGCUGACAUCCUGUGGUGGGACCUGGACACCACCCCAAGGUUGUGGAGGGGUACAGUCAUGCUCAUUGAGAGUGAGGGCACACGGAAAGAACACAGAGAGAGCUGCAAUGGGCGUCAGGCAAGCACACCCGGCUGCUGCCUCACUUUCCAGUAUUACCAGCAGGAUUCCAAGGUUCCCAGCCCUGCUGAGCACCCCACCUUGGGAAUGGAUUCCCCAAAGCAUUGUCCACCGUGUGACUGCUACCACGUGGACAAACUGCUGACAGAUUCUGGCACGGAGAGAGUGGGCACCUUCAGUUCUCUACUUACUGGGUCUCAAGGUGGGGUCCCAGGAUACAUCCUACAUGUGACGAGAACUGUGAAGGCGCAAGAGGGUCUGUGUAUCUUUGUGCCCUGCUCCUUCUCCUCCCCUGAGAGAAGCUGGCUUUCCGGUUGGUCAGCUUAUGGCUACUGGUUCAAACAAUCCAGAAAACUGUUACUGGAAUAUGCAGUGGCCACAAAUAAUAAAUAUAAAUCGAUAGAACCUGGAGCCCAGGAGCGAUUCCAGCUCUUGGGAGAUCCCCUCAAAAAGAACUGUUCCUUGCUGAUCAAAGAUGUGAGACAGGAAGACGCAACAAGUUAUUUCUUCCGGGUGGAGAGAGGAAGUGAGAAAUACAGUUUUUUGGAUGGGUUCAUUCUGCAAGUGGAAGCCCUGAUGCGGAAGCCAGAUGUCUUCGUUCCUGAGACGCUGGAGCCUGGGCAGCCAGUGACAGUUGUCUGUUUGUUUUCCUCGACCUUCGAGCAAUGCCCAGCGCCUUCUUUCUCCUGGACCGGGGCUGCUGUCUUCUCCCAAGACAUCACACAACACACUUCCCAUAACUCUUACUCGGUGCUGAGCUUUAGGGCAGCACUUGAACACCACGGUACUGAGCUCACUUGCCGGCUGGACUUCUCUAGGAAGAGCACGCAGAGGACCGUCCGACUAAGUGUGGCCUAUGCCCCCAGAUCUCUUGCUAUCAGCAUUUCCCGUGACAAUGUGUCAGUCCCAGAAUGGCAUGGGAAUACUCCACAUCUGGAAGUCCAGCAAGGCCAGUCUCUACGCCUCCUCUGUACUGCUGACAGCCAUCCCCCCGCUACACUGAUCUGGGCCCUGGAGGAGCGAGUCCUCUCUUGGUCCAGCCCUAUGGGCUCCAGAACCCUGGCACUGGAGCUGCCCUGGGUGAAGGCUGAGGACUCUGGACGCUAUACCUGUCGAGCAGAAAACAGGCUGGGUUCCCAGCAACAUACCCUGAACCUCUCUGUGCUUUAUCCCCCAGAGGACCUGAGAGUGACUGUUUCCCAAGCAAACAGAACAGUGCUGGAAAUCCUCAAGAAUGGCACCUCCCUCCCAGUCCUGGAAGGCCAAAGCCUGUGCCUAGUCUGUGUCACUUACAGCAAACCUCCAGCCAGUUUGAGCUGGUCUGGGGUGACACAGACCCUGAUCCCAGGCCAAUCUUCAGAUCCCGGGGUGCUGGAUCUGCCUCUUGUCCAGCGGGAACAUGAAGGAGAAUUCACCUGUGCUGCACAGAACCCACUGGGUACCCAGAGCAUCUCUCUGAGCCUCUCUGUACACUACCCGCCUCAGAUGUCCAGACCCUCCUGCUCCUGGGAGGCUGAGGGUCUGCACUGCAGCUGCUCCUCCUUAGCCUGGCCUGCUCCCUCCCUGCACUGGAGGCUGGAUGAGGGGCUGCUGGAGGGGAACAGCAGCAAUGCCUCCUUCACGGUCACCUCCAGCUCACUUGGACCCCGGGUCAACAGCUCUCUGAGUCUUCUUGGAAAGCUGGGCCCUGGUCUCUGGCUCAGCUGUGAGGCCUGGAACAUCCAUGGGGCCCAGAGCGCCUCCAUCAUGCUGCUGCCUGACAAGGAUAGUCCCACCGCGUUCUCCAAGGGAGCCGUUUUGGGUUCUGGCAUUACAGCACUUAUCACCCUUUGUCUCAUCAUGAUCAUUGUGAAGAUGCUACAGAAGAAAAGAUCCCAAGAAGAAACCUCAAGACCCAAGAUCUCACGGGGCAGCACAAUUCUGGAUUACAUCAAUGUGGUCCCCAAGACCAGGUCCCUGGCUCGCAAUUGCAAGGCCAAAUCAAACACCCCUUCCGGGAUCCCACCUCUGGACACUGACUCCCCUAAAUCAAAGAAGAAACAGAAGCUGCCACAUUUUACAUCCCCUGGUUGCGCAGACCCCAAAUCAUCCUCUCAGGCCCCAGUCUCAGAAAAUAACCCAGAAGAACUCCACUAUGCUGUUGUCAACUUCUCCCGCCCCAGACUGCGGGAGACCCAGAGUCCCCAGGACACUCACUCGGAUUAUGCAGAAGUCAGGUUCUAUUGAGGGUGCCCUGGAUGUUAGGACGGGGACCUCCUGCCGGGAAAAUGGUAGAGCAGUAAGGAGGACCUCCAAAAGAAUGCAGAUUCUCUCCUUAAAGACAAUCCUCAGUCGGGUAAAUGUGCUUGCCACCAACACUGAAGAACUCUGAGAUUGAUCCCAGGACAUACAUUGUCACCAGGUAUCUGUAAGUUGUUCU